AGCACAUUAUUUUCUCCGAAUAACCUUGAUAUGAUGAACGGACCAAAUAACGUAAUCAAUAAUUGUGUCGGACCUUUUACCAGCCCCUAUCAAUCGUUCUAUCCGGAGGACUUUAGUUUUGAUGAUCCUCCAAUUCAUCAAUCUCCUACUCAAGAUUUUCUUCCUUCUAUCUUCGAUAUUGUCGAUGUGAUUCCUAUUACGAUGAACCCUAUGAGCUACGAAGAUACCGGAGAUUAUACAGGCAAUUAUGCAUCAUAUCAGGACAAUCCCUCAGUUCCUCAUUUCUACCCGGAUAACGGUACCGCUGCAAAUGGGCAGUUACGUUCACCGAAUGUCGAUCAAGCCGAAGCUCAAACAAACAGCUCUUGUCCGCUCCCAGUACCUUGUCAAACAUUCUAUGACUCUUCCAACCUUUAUUUCGACACAACAAAUGGCGGUUCCACCGAUUAUCAUUUUGAUACGAUGAACGAUUCGUCUAGUUCCUAUAUUUUUACGCAAGAUCCCACAGGCACCGGAUACGUUGUCACGAAAAUAGAGCAUACUCAAUUAGUUUUAGGCACGGUGUCGGCUGCUGACUUUAACCAAAUGUUAGCUACAACUCGAAUGUGA